AUGGAGGUUGAGAACCGUCAGAGCGUCAAGGUGAAAGUGAAGGCGCAGUGGGCGACCGAAGAUAAGAUGCGGGAUGUGUUGAAGCUGGCCCCGGCAAGAAUCAAAGCGAUUCGAGAAUACUGCGAGCAGCAUGCAAACCAUACAAAGUGGGAUAAAUAUGAAUCCAAGACUGCUUACUGGGUUGAGGAGGACCUGGAAUGCGAGUUUGAGUCCAGCAUGCCUGGCACUUCAGCUGGUGAGCAGCCGCAGCAGCGGCCGAACCAGUCGCAGCAAGUGUUGCCUCAGAUCCAGAAGAACCAGAAACCUUCCACAGUGAUCUUGAAGUUCAUCACCAAGCUCGGCAGUGUUGUGGACUUGUUGGAGAAGAAGCAGGGGGAAGUCAAUGAGGUGUACGCUUCAGGAGCUGUUGAGGGUUACACUGACGAGGCGCAGGAAUCCCUCUCAUUGGAAGCACGAGCGAAGUCCAUCCCGUUGCCAAAGGCUAAGGCCUCUGCUGCAAAAGCGGCACCGAAGGCCAAAGUUCCCGCUACUCGCCUUAAACGCUUUGCUCACAGUGCCAUCGUUGAAGCUCGCGAAGCUGGCACCGGGGUUUCACCUGCACUGCAACGGGCUGGCCGGGUGACAGCUGAAAACAUGCAGAAUUGUGAGCGUGACCUUCAUUCCUUGUUCUGGAAGUGUGGUCUAGCACUGCCAGUUCGCUUGAGCACUAUGCGCUUUGGCCUCCUUUAUGUACACUACAUAUCGCUCUCGACGUGGUUUCGGUGUUUGUUGGGGGAUUACCCUCAUCUCCUUCUUGGUGGCUUUAGUGAUAGCUCCAAGGCUUCACUUUUGUUGGAGUCUUUCUGGGAAACCUAUCGGGUGGCCCACAGUGAUCAUUUCGUUUUCUCACAGCAUCCUGGCAACCUCAAGGCCUGUGUGCCUUACUACCUGCACUUGGACGAAGGAACCGGUUUACGCAAGUCAGCUGUAUUGGUGUUCAAUUUCCAGGCAGCAUUUGGUCAGGAAACCGCUGCAAACUUUGAGAAACUGUUUGGGGAGGGAACAGGACGCUCUGACAGAGAUGUCAAAGAGUACAUGGUGGACGCGCAAACUCACAAUCAACGCGGGUCAUCCUUUCUGUCCAGGUUUCUGUUCACAGUCAUCCCGAAAAAGUGGUACACCAAGAAAUUUGACUUUGUGUGUGACAGAAUUCUAGCCCAGCUGGCAGAUGAAGCUGCGAGACUCGCCUGUGAAGGCAUCAGAGGCAUGUUUCCCAUCUGCCUCGGACUGAAGGGCGACGCGCCAGCUUUGGCAAAGGCAGCUCACUACAACAGGAAUGUUUCAGAAAAAGUUGGGAAGGGCAUUUGUCCAGAAUGCUUGGCAGGGUUGGAUGACCUCCCUUACGAGGACCUUUCGAGAGACCCAGUCUGGCUACCGAGUGAAGCCUUGGAAGGCUUGAACCAGCAAGCCCUCUUUCGAAAAGACCCCUUUCACGUUUUCAAACAAACAGUUGGUGGACAUUGGGUUGCUAGCGGGAUUAUCGUUCUGGUAGACAUGGGAUACUUUUGCAUUGCUGGAGAAUCAGCCCAAGCCGAUGUGUUGCUGCAGAACGCAUACCGGGAUUUUGCUUGGUUUGUGAAACAUGAGUGGCAUGGUCAGUACGUGGCCAACAUCAAGAGCUUUACAAAAGCAAUUCUUCAUUGGCACAAAAUCAAGUCAUACCCCUACGCCAGGCUGAAGGGAGCGGACACUAUGCUUCUCACACGCUGGUUGGCCGUGUUGAUACAACGGGGGCUUUAUCGUGCAGAAAGCAACCAAAGGCAGGGUGUCAGUUUGAUUGAUCGUCCACUAGAAGAUUGGCACGUGCCCCUUCUCAAGAGAAUCCUUCGAGGUUCACUUGCUGGUGUGGAUUUUUUCCGUAUCUUACACUCUCGAGGCGUGUGGCUGGACCGUGAGAAGGAUGCCAAACCCUUGGCUGAGCUUUGCUUUGACUUCGUGGAAUGCUACCGGGACCUUGCAACCCUGUGCUUUGAACGAGGGUUGAGGAGAUACAUGCUGGAACCAUCAAUUCAUUACUAUCACCACUUCGCCGUUGAUCUGAGCAUUAGGAUCCGACAUGGUGACAAAAGAAUUCUAUCUCCCAACCAGGACAAUUGUGAGAUGGACGAGGACUUCGUUGGAGCCAUCAGCCGUUUGACUAGAAACGUUCACGCCGCCACCACAACAUUGAGAACGCUGGAGCGCUAUAGAAUCAAGGCGUUCUUUCAGUUCACCCAUCAAGAUUGGGGGGCACGAGAACGCCGUCCAUCCAAGAAGAGGCUGAGGAUCAGACCGUGA